CGAACUCCCAACUUAAGCAACUGCUUUUCAAAAAUCUCAAACUCAGGCUCUAGAUAGGCUCCAAUCUCCAAAUCCAAAGAACCACAGAAAAUGGCAACCUCUGCUUUAACCAUUGCAACUGCAAAGCCACUGAUCCAUCAUUCCUCCAACUUCAAGUCCCUUCUUUCACCGUCAUUUUCUUGUUCUUGUUCCUCUUCCUUGCCGCCCCCAAAUGAAGUGAAACUCUCUUUCAAGCCCAAACCUGCUGCACCCAAGAAUUGUGUUUUCAAUGUGGGUGUUGGGCUAUUAGCAGCUUCAGUUCUUGCUUUCUCACCAUUGGAUGCUGAUGCCACCAGGGUUGAGUACUAUGCAACCGUAGGGGAACCUCAAUGUGAGCUUAAGUAUGCUAGCUCUGGUCUUGGUUAUUGUGAUGUUAUUGUCGGGUCCGGUGAGGAGGCUCCACGUGGAGAGCUUGUCAAUAUUCACUACACUGCAAGAUUUGCUGAUGGAACAGUAUUUGACAGUAGCUAUAAACGUGCUAGACCUCUCACAAUGCGAAUUGGUGUUCGCAAGGUCAUUAAGGGAUUGGACCAGGGAAUUGCAGGGGGUGAAGGAGUUCCUCCUAUGUUUGUUGGUGGGAAACGUAAGCUUCGGAUUCCACCUAACUUAGCAUAUGGCCCAGAACCUGCAGGAUGCUUUUCAGGUGACUGCAACAUACCUGCCAAUGCAACUCUCCUAUAUGAUAUUAAUUUUGUUGGUAUCUACUCAGGAAAUGCAAAGUGAUGAAAGUUCAAAGGAAAGAAAGUUCAAGCCUGUUUCAGGGGAUGGAUUAAACUGCAAGACAAGAGCCUCCAAUCUGAUAGUUGUCACCUCUGUAAAAAGAAUAAGUACCUGUUGCUGGGACUCACCUAAGCUUGUCUGAGGCUGGGAAAUGCUUCUAAACUUUGAAGAAGUGACUGAUCGUCCUGAUUUAUUGAACUAGUUAGGCGUGUUACCUUCUCUGGCAAAGCAAGCUCCUAAAGUUUCAUGCUACCAUAUAUUUCAUCUAGAGGUUGUUUCUUUUUUUCCUUUUUCUGUAAAGUUUGUCAAUUUUCUGUUCCUUGUCUGUGUAUACCGUCCAAUUUUAGGAUGCAUCAUACUUCUACAAACUUCAUUUGGUAGAGAGAAAUUAUGUCACUUCUCAACUGACUAUCAGAAAACAUGAAGAUUAUAUUUUCUUCUA